CACUUGUUAUCGUCGGCAACUCGCAUAUCGAAAACAUACAUAUUUAUUAUUGCAUUGAAAGGUGAACAAUAUUAAACGUCAAAAGCAAACUAUGAUUGAAAUUACCUGCAACGAUCGCCUGGGGAAAAAGGUGCGUGUGAAAUGCAAUCCCGACGACACCAUUGGCGACCUCAAGAAACUGAUUGCGGCGCAAACGGGCACAAAGCAUGAGAAAAUUGUGCUGAAGAAGUGGUACACAAUCUACAAGGAUCCUAUUCGUCUAUCCGAUUAUGAAAUUCACGACGGCAUGAAUCUGGAGCUGUAUUACCAAUAGAUUGGAGUGGAUCUAAAUACCAGCUCAAAGAAUACGAAACACCUUUUUUACUGUCUGCUAUGUAAACAUAAUUUAUAGAAAUAAACGAUUAUAAAGUUUUUAAUUAAUAAA